GCGCCAACGCACUAGUUUGGGAUUUGACAAGCAACACAUAUUCAUCCGCUUUCUACAUGAGUGUCAAGAGCACGGCAGUACCCGGAUGGAGUGUCAUGGCCGCCGUCGCUGUGGUUCCACAGAGAGGAGAGAAGGAAGGCAAAUGUUUCUGAUGUGUGUGUGGUUUUUUUUUUUCAAGCUCAGCCUUGUUUCCGUGAUGUCGGAUGUUGACGGGACGGCGCCUCAACUUGCACCGAGUUCAUAGCACAGUGGCCACACUACAAGCUCCUGCUCUUCAAAGAGGACAUGUAUUGAUGUUUUCCUGAAGGAUUACAGAUAUCUGCAAAUUUACAACUAUGGAAGAAGACUUCAUAAUACCUCAUGAUUCUGCCAAAAACUGCAGCAUAUCAGUAAUAGUGGAAGAAAAAGACAAGGUAAAAGACUUGUAUAAGCCCUUCAGAGAAGUGACAGAUGGGACACAAUUAAAUAAUGCACAAGAAUCUUCCAUCAAGGAGCAUGGAAGUUCCAGCAAGAAAGAUAAACAAGCACUCAAUAAAGGCCAUUGUAAAAUUCAGCAAGGGGCUGUUUUCUCUGGAAAGAUUCUGAGUUUUGGAUGCUCUGUGUGCAAAGACGAUUUCACAUACAGCCCCAAUGAUCUCCUCAAACAUUUUCGAGCGGUUCAUGAAGGAACCCUUCCAACAUACCCUUGUGAUCUGUGUGGCUUUGUCACAAACGAGUUCCCUGCUCUCCAACGCCAUCGGAUUGGGCACAAAAAUACCCUUGUUACAUGCGAGCUCUGCAACAAUGAUGUUCAAUACUCUCUGCUUUUGCUCACCAGACACUACAUCUUGUGUCACAGUCUAAAUGGACAGUUUACCUGCGACUGGUGUGAGUUUACUACUGUGGAUGCAGGCACAUUCGUGCAACACAUCCAUCAUCAUAAUGAGAGUCAUUGGAAGUGUUUAAAAUGCAGACACAUCAGCUUGAACGAAGAAGGUCACCAGAGGCACAUGAAAGCUCACUCGGAUACAUUUCCCUUCACUUGUCAGAUCUGUGGAUAUGGUGCAACACGAAGCGAAUACCUGAAAAAACACACUUCAGCUGUUCACAAACAGGAGGCUUGGCAGUCCAUAGAAGACGGCAGCAAUCCAGCAAAUGCAACUGCAACCUUGAAACUGUUGCUGAAAAAGAGUUCUGAAGCUAAGGACACUCAGAGGAUAUCAAAAAUAAACAGUUUUUCUGGAAGUAUAACCUACCAAAAUGGCAUUUCAUUUGAGGAUGCCCACCACGUUUCGGAUGGCACUAUUGCAAAAAAGGACACUAAAAACGGGAGCAAAGGUUCUCAUAACACAGAACAGUCAACACCAGUGAUGUUACCAGAAUGUGACAGCUCUGCCUGCUCUGAUGCAAUUCACACAAGUCCUAAUGCGCUGAGUGCUCUGAUGGUUAAGAACAACAUUUCUCUUCCUCCCAAUUGUACAACCAAAGUGAUGGGAUUCAAAAUGGUUGAUGGCAAAAAACAUUUGGUCCUUAAAGUGAUCCCAACAGCGAAACAAGACUCAACCGUUCAGAACAAUUCCUCAAUUGUAGAUGUGGGAUUCUUGGAACAAAAUUCUGUGUUGGAUGAAAGUAAAGACUCUGUUGAGAAUGGGGAAAAUUAUUUUACAGCUUCACCAAGAAUGGAAUCUUGCAAACAGAUGGAUCAAGAUGAUAUUAUGGCAGUAAAAGUAAAGAUUGAGGAGGAAGAAACCUCUGUUUGCCACCUUGAUUCCACCCCACACAGAGAUUAUGUUGAGAGAGAAGCUAUUCCUUUACAAAAAAUGUCUUCGGCUUGUGCUGAUAUCUUCCAUUCCAUAACAAAUGAUGAUGUGGACGACCAAAAUCACCCAAGUCAAACAUGCUCAGACAGAAAUAUAUUUGGUAGCAACUCAAUCUCUGUAACAGUUAAUGCUGAUGCAACUGGCCAUAGCAGUUCUAAAAUAAGUAAAACUUUAACAGCAUGUGCUAGUAACAUCACAGUUGUAUCUUCACCUUCAAAAGUUGCUCAGGAAAAACUGCUUUCCAAAAAAACUACUAGAAACCUUGGUGCUGCAAAUGAGUUAUCAUUGACUGACAGAGUGGCAGAUAAACCUAUUAAGGAACACAAAGUAAACUCUUCUUUUCAUACUAUAGAAAAUGAUGAACAAACUUGUCUAAGUACUUCAGACAAGACUAAUAGUGCUGGACCUGAAAGUAAACAUAAAAAUGGACAGCAAAAUUUAAAGCUUUCAUCAAAUCCAGUACUUGCAUCAGAGUCAUCCCCACACACUCCAGGUAGCAGAGAAAGUGCUGUGGGCACUGAAAACUGCACUCAAAAUUCACCGAACCAGGAAGUGUUUACCUUUCAUAAUUAUUCCAAGGAAACAUUCUGUACUUCACCUAACACUUCCCAAAGCUUUGACAAUAUGUCUGAAUACCCAAUUGACAAUCAAAUUUUUUGUGAAUCAUCACAGUUCAGCCUAACAUUGGCAGAGUCUCCAGAACCAUUCACGGAAAAGGGCAAAAGGGUUAGAAAUCGGGAGAGAAUGAAAGAUGUUGAGGUUGAUGAGUGCACAACUAGUUUUGAUGAUCCUACCACUGAAGAUGAAAAUCCAGAGUCCGUGUUCCAAGACUUUAAUAUCAUCAAAAUUGAAGAGGACAGCAUUCCAAUAUCAAAAACACAAUCCGAGUCAAAGAGUAAUUCAACUUCCUUUGCCAGUUUUGUAGAAGAACAUUCAGAUGAAAUCAUUACCCAACAGCUUCACAAGGAAAGAGUAAAAUGUUCAAAUGCCAGCAAUGAUUCUUUGAAACAAUCAAAAAAAACUCUGCGAAUUCUUCAAUUUCCAGAGGGCAAGAAGCCAGUACUCCUGAGGACUACCGAGAAUCCAUUUGCCAUGCCAGUACAAGUUACGGGAAGUCCAGGAUUCAAACUGAUAUCCAAUUCUUCAAAUCCUCAGAUUAAUGUCUCUUACUUGAAGCAAGGGGCAGAAAGAUCAAGUAACCCAAAUGGUGUAACUUCUAACCCAACCGGUGUAACUUCAACCCCAAACAGCUUGACAGUAGGUGUAUCAACGCCAAAGGUAGGGGUGACUGAAAAAGGGACGGCUCUUCUCUCUGCUGUUCAACCAGGUGUUGGUACCACCUCAAGUCACUACUUUAUCAACAGCCCAGGUUUAAAAGGUCCUGUACUCCUUUCAAGCUCACCACAGAAUACACCCAUGGACAAAUCGGCAAAGACACAGUCUACCUGUUACUUGGUACAAAGGUCUCUUCCAUUCCUCCAUACCCCUGUUAGUCCCGGCCUCAGACUGGCAAGUUCACAAGACCCACUGAACUCGCGGCCAGUUCUGGCCAUGCCCAUGAGCUCUUCAGACAAACCCAGCAGUCUGCAGCCUGGUCGACAAGCAUUCUUUCUCCGGUACAUUUCUCCUUCCAAAUCAGGCCUACUUCUGAACAACCAAGACACAAAGACUGGGAGUCAGUGCAGCCAAACCAGUGAGAGCCCAGGAAACAAACUCGUAUUCAAAAUUGUCGCCCCUACUGGCCUUACAAGUGGUGCUCCCACCUCAAGCAGUCAACCUUUGUUUUUGGCCACUAGACCUCAGACCCAGUGCUUUCUGCUGUCAUCAAACAAAACCAAGGCAAAUGCCUCCAAUGGAGUCAAGAAAUUGAGGACAAUCCAAAAUACUGCACAGAAAGAAGUCAGGGAAUCUUGUAUUUCACCCACUGAACUGAAUGUAAAAGUGCAACCGUGUGAAGCAGAGAAGCCUAUUCUAGCCCAAAGGCCAAUUCGUCCUCCAAGCCAAAGGAAAAGGCGCAUAAAACCAUUGUUUGAUGAACUUCAAGCAAGUGGGAAUAAAGCAAGACGACUCUCAAAUAGAGUACUGACUGAGAAAGAGACUGCUGUCUUAUGGAAGCCCGUAGCCAAAGAAGUUGAAAGGACACUGAGACUUUCCCCAUUCAGUUCUCUACAGCAGAUCAAAUGUCCUCGUCGGUACCAACCUGUUGUGGUGCUCAAUCACCCUGAUGCUGACAUUCCCGAAGUGGUGAAUAUCAUGAAGGUAGUUAACAGGAACAAAGGUGCUGUUACUAAGGUCUCUCUGUGUCAGAAAACAAGCCAAGCACUCUCUGAGCUUGGUGCUCAAGGGAAGAACUACUCAACCAAAGGUGUGUCAUCUCAUGGCGAUGAUCCCAGACCUCGGCCAGUUCAUAGUUCUGUCCGAGAACGAUUCCUUUUGAAACUUAAGCUAAGGAAAAAAAGCAAAAAAAAGUAUGAGGUAGUGGAACAUUUAUCAGGUUGUAGACCAGAGUCCAUGGUGUUUGACUGCUGGUUUUGUGGUCGACUCUUCAACAGCCAAGAAGAGUGGAUUGGCCAUGGCCAGCGGCACCUCAUGGAGGCAACUAGAGACUGGAAUAAACUGUUCUAAACUUUUCCAUUUCCUUCAAAUGGCUACAUAUUCUGUCCGUAUGAGGUGGAACAAAUUAUAUAUGUUGUAUAUUUUUAUUGACCUUCCAUUAUAUGUUUGUUCUGAACAUGUCAAAACAUUCUUAGGUGAAUUAUAGUUUAUCUUUUCAUGUGUGCAUAUUCUGGUAAUUUAUGUACUGGUAGCAUAAUUGAUAUCAUAAAUGCACAGAUCACAUUGAACUGUGAAAAUGGUACACUGUAAUCAGGAGUUGUAGGAGCACUGGCUUAAAAAAGGGGAUAAUAUCAGUAAAGGUUAUAUUAGUUGGAUAAAUGACUCAGGUGAUUUCAUAUUGAUUUGAUUUGCCAUUUUUGUGCAUAAAUAUCAAAUACGCAUAGGCCUAGUUCAAGGGACUUUUGUAUAUGUUAUUGUCCUGCACAUGAAGACAGGAAACUUUAUUGUUCAGCUUAAUUGAUGGCAAGUUCAAUUGUUUUCCGCUUUUGUUGUUUAAAAAAUGUUCUGUCCAAAUAAUUCCUUUUAUGUACAUUUUAAUUAAGAGGAUACCAUUUUACACUACAAUCAGGUGUAGUCUAGUUUUCUAAUGAGGAUUUUGUCAACUUGUAGCAUGCGUUUGUCAAUGGCAGAGCUGAGAUUUUUCAAAGUAAUGUUUUUAGUCUGCCAAAUGUGGAAAGCAGCAAAAUAUUGAAUCUUUGACACAGGGAUACUUUAUUAAUCACUGCAAGUACUUGACAAAUGAAGAUCGGCCCAUAAUACACCCUAUGCAAUUUCAUAAAACUUAAGUUUUGUUGUGAGCAGCUCAGGCUUUUAGCUUGUGUUCAUGUUGCAAGACACGCAAUCACAUUUAAAUCUCAAUUUAAUGAUAAAAUCUCAAUAGUCCCAUAAAUUAGCUUUAAGAUGGAAAAAAACAUUUUGUGGGUAGUAAUGUUCCUUCACAGUGAUUUCAGAUACAGGAUGUAAAAAUCUAGAGAGACAUGAUGUGAAAAUCUGUAUCGUAAAAUACAAAAAUGUCAAAGUGAAGUGUUUGCAUGGGACCUGAAAGUAAGAUUUGGCAUUGUUAAAACUUUGGAUACCACAGUUGACAAUAUAGUUGCAUUAUUGAAAUCAUUGCUUAUUGGAGAGGUCAAAAUUCUCCUUAAGUACCCCAAACACUAAGUGAUCAGUGGUAACUAAUUACUGUACAUCCUUAGAUUAAAAAAGUUAUUAAAGGCCAAAUGAUUAUUCCUUAAGGACAAACGGUAAGUCUUCUUAAUAAAAAUAAUGAAAGGUAAUAUGCUAAAAUGGGGAGCAUAGAAUCUUGGUCAACAUUCAGAAAAUGCAGUAUAUGUACACACACGUUUUUUUUUCUUCUGUAAAUUUGUGUUAUAAACUGUCGGUCACACUAAUAUUGUUACCUGGUUUGGUUGCCAACAGGGAGAAUCAAACCAAAAGAAAUGAUUGACCGGUUCAAAUCUGCUCAGCUAAGAAUGUCAAGUCCUGUGUAACUCUGCCACCCGCUACAAAUUAACGCUGUAUGAGCCACUUGGACCACUACAAAAGCUAUAAAUAAAAAUAUAUGUUUGACCCUUUAACGUGCGUUACUGGAGCUAGGGCUGAUCAGAGAAAGGAUAGACGUCACUUUUAUGAUGAGAGGGGCUGGCUGGAUCACCCCAACAUCUCAUACCAUUUUAAUGUAAAGUAAGCACAUAAUGUGACAGCAGAAAACAUGUAUCCCUGUACAGGAAUAGGUAGAUGUGUGAAAUGGACCCAAGAUAAAAAUGCAGUAAAAGGUGUUUUUACUGUUUUUAGUUCGAUAAAGUUUCUUGGUAAUGUUUAACAUUGGGAGAGGUGAUUUAUAUUGACCGAUCCUUGGUUUUCAUGCUCUAAAGAAGUAAUAGGAGUAGUAGGAUCCUUGAAGGUGAUCCACAUAUUUCACUUACCCCUUUUAUUGCAUUAAUGUUACUGUAAAUCUGCUCACUGUCUUCAAGCUCAGUAUGCUGUACAUACAUUUAUUUAAAUUUUACACCUCAUACUUAUACAGCAAGAGGACAUGGACUUAGUUUUUUCUUCCUGGGUAUUAAUGAUGUUUUUCAUGAUUAUCCAACUGUUGAUGAAUGUUUUAUUCUGUUCAAUAUGCAAAGUCGACUGAAUAAUGCAAGCCAUGCAAAUAUUUUAAAUGUCUUUUUUUAAAACAAUCAGCCUCCACUUGCUGAUGUUCUGACCUCAGCAGGACAUUUCAAAGUUCAAACAACGCAUUAAAUAAAUUACUAAUAUCCAUAGAUUAAGCAUCGAUAUUGGAGCCCCUUCAUUUGUGAGACACUAGAUAAACUUUUACUCAGUCCACAGCUGUUUUCACAAGCUCUCCUUAAAGAGAUUGUGCUAUAUUUUACUGAAUACACUUGGUUUAAAUAAUUUGGUUUAUUCCUCUGCACAGGCUCAAGUCGAUGUUAGCCAAACUUGAUGGGGCUCAGUCACUGCAUCUGGCUGGUGUGUGUCAAGAAAUGGUUCCAGUAGAUAACUCCCCCAAAACCGCAAAUUGCCAUCCCUAAAUUCUUCAUGACAAAUAAAUCACGUGGAAUAUGGAGGGCUGUAAGCUUGAAGUGUCUUCAAGUGUAUUUCUGGACAUUGAAAGGCCAGCGGUUUCCCCUGCUAACCUCUGUACUGUAUUGAAAUCAAUACCCAGCCUAUAUUUUUAUAUGUUGCUCUAAUAGAGAAACCAGUACUUGUAUUUGUCAGAACAUUGACUGUUCUUAAAUACACCAGGGUAGCUACCUCCUAAAAAAACCACCUCUCCUAUGUUCUUAAUGAAGCCCCAUUUCAAAACCCAGCAUUCUGUUUAUCCCUUUAGAAGACAGCCCAGCUCAGUCAGAACCUUUGUAAAAUCUACCCUUUACAAUUGAAGUUAAAUAGGCCAGCUUGUAAAAUAUCUGAAAUCCAAAAUGUUAUAGCUUUGGUUUAAGGACUUGCGUUAUCUCAUAUCCCCAAAUGGUCAAUUGGUGAAUUUUUUUCUUCAACAAAUUGUGCUGUUUGGAAUCAUACUCUCAAGGGCUACAUCUAAAAAUACUGGUCAAAUAUACUUGACAUGAAAAGAUAACUCCUUUGUUUUGUGAUGAAUGUGAUUUGCAUUUUCUAAAAUGCAAGUGAUUUCAACAUGUUAAUGCCAAUACAGUGUCAAGAUUGUGUAUUGAUCUAUAGAGCAGUUCACAAGGCUGACAAAAAUGAGCCUCACAUCCAUACUCAGUGCAGUCAUUUGACAUGUGCACUGUUACCAGGCCUGCACAGCUUUUGAUUAAGUAACUAACCUCCGCCAGACUGCCUGAUUUGACCACAGCCAAAUGGAUGCAAAGAGUUUUGUUUCUGAUGGGUUGUUUGUUUUAGACGGAUCCACAUGGCUUCACUACUUUGUUACAACCACCUUCAUCUGUUUUGCUAUUUCUGCACUUCUCUCAGAAGUAUCGUGAUAUCUUGACACCGCUCAUUGUAUGGGGAUAUGCUGCUAGAUCAUGUUAUUUGGUCAGCUACAUACAAUAUUAUAGGUUUCUCUCCUCAAAUGCUGAGCCCACGAUGUACAGUAAACUGUUCCUGUCCAGCUGCCUGUUAAAUCUUUUUAGAAUCUUUCCUCAUGCUAUAAGUGCCUCAAAUGUCUUUUUGCAGGUUGACAAUGUGUACUGUGUUGUUUUGUUUAUCUUAGUGGUUCACUCUCCUCAAAUAAAUGUACAUACCUUACGGAA